AUGGCGACAUAUGCACACGGUACCGAGUCGUUACCUGGACCGGUUCCCGGCCAGCCCAUAGGCUUCUUGGACGGCUGCGAAUCACAGUCAACUCAAGAGACUGGCUCUACAUCACUCGGGCUUUGCAAAUACGAAAAAAGACAGAACACAGAUGAAGGAGAUCGGAAUCAAAGUCUUGCUCUUAUUCAAAGAAUCUCCGAAAGGCACCUCAUUAACCAGCAAGAAUCGCGAAAUCAACCCCGAUCCAGAGAGUUGCAGCAAUAUCUCGAUGUCCUAAAAGAUGCCAUCCCAAGACUGCCUGACAACAAUCUAACCCCCGGUCUUGAACUGCCGACGAUUACCUUCAGUCGGCCCCGACUAGCGUAUCCGAUCAUCAUCAAACAGCGAUUAUCCAGAACAUUGUCGCCAAAAUUUACACCAACUUACCCCCCGGGCUUGCAAAAUUGCGGCAUCGAGAAGAGGGAGUUCUUGAGAUGUAUAGAUGACCUGAACCGAGUAGACGAGCAAUUAGGAUCACCAGCAGACCAUGCCAUGGAUAUCAACGGCUUCGCUAACAUGACGGCUUUCACCAUAGCGCGUCCCACGCUGCUUUCAAUGGCGAUAGGCGUGGCGUCAAGCUAUAGAAAGCAUACAACAAAACGCAGCGCAAUGACUGAAAUUCUGCAAAAGGCGAACAAAGAGCUGUUCCAAGACACCGGAGACAGGAGGUACAGCAGCAUAAACAGACAUCCUGGAUCGAACCCGGGAGAAAAGUUUGAAAUUGAGGCAAAGGGUAGUGGGGAGAUUGAGGGAUUUCAGAUGGACCGAACUUCCGCAAUUCGAAUUCUACGACGAGCACAACUCUCAUCCGGAUCUAGACAGCCAUCGGCUGCCUGCGAGACACUCAUAUCGAUCAAGACGGAGAAGAAGCAAGUGAUACAAGAGAACUGCGAAAACGGAAACAGCGGGGAGGGCCGACAGGGACAGUCCACAUUAAAAUGCGGAGUAUCGAAGCAUCCAGGAAGGACGAGUUAUGAAUUAUUCCCUUUGAGUGGCAAUAAAGCUACCGAUUGGGAUUUUGUUUCGAACCAAUCUUCAAGCCUUGGAUUUGCACCAGGAAAGGUUGAAGUCGAAAGCCUUACUGCCGAUUUCUUUACCGCCGGAACAGAUGAGGAUACAACUCGCGAGGAGGCACAGCAAACGGAUAUGAAGCCAGAGCACACCAGACGCACUUUGUCUUAUGAUACUCAAUUCCCCCGAGGACGCCCAAGAUGCGAAUUAGGACAUCAAAAAAUCACUUCAUUUAACGUGCACCCGGUCACCUUUCAGUUCCCGCAGAAAUCUUCAAUAUGCACCGACCGAAGUUUCAAGCGUAUGCCUGCAUGGCAUUUUCUGUCACUACAGCUAACGCAGAUCGAAAGAGGUUCUCCUACAAGAUCCGAGGCUGAGAUGCUGUCUCUCGGCUCUCUGCGUUCAUUGAGAGAGGAACCAGGGCUUCAAGAGUCAGGACCGAAGCUCCGUGGACCUCAAAAGCCCGAAGUAGAAAGCAAUUAA